UGGCAAUGGCACACCCAAUCCCUGUCUCCUUCUUCCUUGUGACCACCCUUCUGUUUUUCUUGAACCAUUCUCUUUCUCCAGCCCAUGCAGCAUCAGAACUAGUGGAAGGAGUCUGCCAUGAGUCCCAAAGCUAUUCAUUCUGCAUUCAGGCUCUGGGGUCGGAUCCCAAAACUCCUGCAGCGAAGGACUACAUGGAUCUGGCCGUGAUUGCCCUCAAAUUGGGGAUUUCAAAUUCAACUGCCACUCGCUCUUACAUUAGUCGCUUGUAUAAGAACCCAAAGACGGAUCCCAGAAAGAAGCCUGCUCUCAAGGGCUGCUUAUCUGGUUAUGAUGGAGCGGUUGGAUCCUUCAAAAGUGCUUUGGGGGAACUGAAGGAGGAUCCUUUGACUGCAAACUAUGAUGCCAAGGUUGCUAGUGAUGGUGCAGUGCUUUGUUCGGAUUUCUUGGCUUCUGCUGGGAUUAAGGAUUCAUCAAUUUCUGAUGGGAAUCGUUUCACUUCAUCUUUCAGUAAUAUUGCAUUUGUGAUUACAAACCACCUGGGCUAAUUAAUUAAUAGCUACUUCUGGUUUUUCUUUUUUCCUUUUUCUUCUUUCCCUCUGCAUAGGAGUUUAUGCGUUUCGAUUAGAGCCAUAUUUUAUGGUUACGAUUCUAUCAUGUCUUUUUCAUUCGGUUGAAGAUCGAUUUUAUGUGCUUAUGACCUCCAAGGCCAUGAGAGUGCGCUUCUGAGAAGUGCAGUCACUUCAGCAUACCA